AUGGCGCCCACCUACCAUCGAUCAGCAGCCCAGACUCGGCGUGGCGCUCGCAGCGGUUUCCCGGAACACGACGACUUCGAGGGUCUACCUGUACGCCAAUGGAGACAGGAAUGGGUCAAUGUAACACCUCCCCAACCUGCAGAGGCUACGCAGAAAAACGAUAUCUGGGACGUCGAGCUGCCCUUUGGCAUGCCCAAGGAAACCAAGCUGCUCCCAACCCACAGCCAGGAGCUCUUGCGCGCCGCUCGCUCUGGCCGACUCUACAAGAGACCCGCCCCGACCGACGACGACGAUGAAAACGUUGACAUUGACAACAUCAAGGGCGACAAGAAGGAAAGCGAUGCGGCUGCUGAAGGGUUCACCGUGAAGAUGUGGAAGCAAACACCACGUAACAUCGAAGGACCUGCUGAAUCACAUCUGGCCAAGCGCCAUAAGAACACGGUCACAUUACCACCAAAGUCGAGGCUGGUACAGAUAGCCCAGGGACCGACGGUUACCAGAGCAACCGUCCGGCGUAUUGACGCCGCCGGCAACCCCUACGAGCAGACGAUCACUUUGGCCGAGGGACAACAGGUUGAUGGCGAGAUCAUAUCAACAACGGUGGUGCCGGCACCAGUCGCUGCGGCUGAGGUUGCGGCUCAGGCUGCGCCGCCUGCACCAGUCAGGAGAAGGCCUCCUCCGCCAAAGAGGAAGGCUAAGGGCCCUGGUCGAGGUCGCAAGAAGGGUAAGCUGCCACUCCCAACAACAACGCGGCCAGAGCCGACUAGUGUGGAGGCCGGUGAUGCAGAGGUCAAGAUGGAGGGCACUCCAGUAAACGGAAUCAAAAUCGAAGAAACCGGUGACAGUGCGAACCAGGAUAGCGAAAUGGCCGAUUCCUCACAGAUUCCUUCCGAUGAUGAUGACGGCGACGAUGGCGACGAAGGGGAAGAAGAAGGCGAUGCCGACGAAAGCAUGGCUGAGGGCGAUACCCCUGGUGUUGAUACCAGCAUCAGUCAGGACCAAGACCAGGAGAUGGGCGACGCAGGAGCAUCGGAAGUUAUUCGGCCCAGCUCAACUGAAGAGCCAGAAGGAGAUGCCGGUAAUGAGGAAGAUGCUGCUGCCAGGUCGCGCCUUGGCAGCAGCCUCGCCCCGCCAACGCUCGGAUCACUUGCGUCAAUGAGACUUGAAGGGAGUCCACUGAAGAAUGUAAUGAUCCGAUCGCCAACAGAGCCUCCAGAGUCUAGGUCAGAUGUGCCAGGGGUUGAGGGAUCUUUCUUCCCGUCUACGGCUGUAGACGACGCUAAGACCGAAGUUACGGCUGCGGCGAAGGAGUUUGACACACAAGACACUUCUGUCAGCGCUGCUUUCCUUUCCGAAGUGGUGGUAGAGGCCGAGCAGCCGGUAGCUGACGCAGUGGAUGUUACAACUGGAACCAUCGCAAUGGAUGUCGACACCAACUCUGAGCAGCAACAGCCCGCAAAAUCGACUCCAUCUGCCGAAGCUAAAGUUGAGGAUCUUGGGGCUGCACUAGACUUGCCAGGGUUGCGGUCAGACGCUCCAACCUCAAUUUCCACGUCGACCACUUCCACCACGGCAGGUACAACAACAGAAAUGAUAACCACGGCCACAGAAACAGCAUCGGCACUGAUAGAAUCCUCGUCCGUUCCCGCAGACGCCCCGGUGGAAGAAGUCGAUGUACUUCAGGAGCAACUUUCAGACGAUGCUGUACCCACGAUAGCAGAGCCCUUGCUCCAACCGCCAGACUCCCCGGCCCUGCUCCCCACUGCUACGACAGAGGAUGAAGACGACGGGCUUAACUUGCUCGGUAGCCUGGAAAGGGAACUAGACCGUCAAGAGGAAGUGAGUCGCGCCGGUAGUGCCGCCAGCGGUGCCGGUACAGGUGCGGCUGCGGGUGCCACUACCAAACAAGAGAGCAACGGUGGAGUGGACAAUCAGAAAGACACCAAGGCUGGCGAAGAAAAGCCAUUGUCAGAGCCGGAGACACAGGGAGCUGCGGUAGAAGAUGGAGGUAAUACUGCCGAGUCGGACAAAGUCGGUACUGAGGCUACUGUCGAUGUCACUGCCAUUGCCGGUGCUGCUGCUCCUCCUCCUCCUCCUUCUCCUUCCCCCCCUGCUACUACUGCCAGAGACGAAGAAAAGCCGAAAGAGGCUACCGCAGGCACCCCAGCGGAAAGUCAGGAAGCGGCUAAACAACAAGAGCAGGGACAAAAGGAAGACGGCCCUGCUUCCACUGCACUUAGUGCUGAUGGUGAUAGUGUUCUAAAGGAAUCAGAACCGGAAUCGGUCCAGCAAGUCGUUGAACCGCCAAAGCAAGAGUAG